AUGUUUUACGACCUAAAUGUACCUUACAGCCCUGAUGACCUGGAGGUGCCUCACACUCUAAAUUUCCUCGCCGAACUUGGUUACACUACCGUAGCCCUGUCUCAAACGAUCAACGGGAAGCUUCCCCCAAGUCUCGCUCCGCCUCCUCUCCCAAAAAGCGCUCCGAAAUCCCUACAACUGCUGACCCGGUUAAAUUUGACUCUGGCGGACCCCGCGCAGAAUCAGCGUCUAGCCGCCCUGAGUCAAGCGUACGACAUCGUUGCUCUACGUCCCACAAAUGAAAAAUCACUUCUAAAUGCGUGCACCAACUUGGAAUGCGACGUGAUCUCCGUGGAUCUUUCGGUGCGACUUCCAUAUCACUUCAAAUUCAAAAUGCUGUCCGCGGCAAUCUCACGUGGAGUCCGUAUAGAGAUCUGCUAUGGUCCUGGGAUAACGGGGAGUGGACUUGACUCCCGAAGAAACCUCAUUGGGAAUGCAACAUCCUUGAUCCGCGCGACACGCGGUCGAGGGAUUAUUAUAUCCAGCGAAGCAAGAAGGGCCUUGGGUCUACGAGCCCCGUGGGACGUGAUAAAUCUUGCCUGUGUUUGGGGUCUAUCACAAGAGCGCGGAAAGGAAGCAGUCUGCGAAGAGUCGCGGAAGGUGACCGCAUUGGCCAAGUUAAAGCGAACCAGUUGGCGAGGCAUCGUGGAUAUCGUCCACGGUGGGGAGAAAGCCAAACCUGAAGGACCCGCGGCAAAGAAAAAGAGCACCCAAAAGGUCAAAGAACCCACGCAGUCAGAAAAUGGAGUGGACAGUCUCAAGAGAAAAGCUUCCGUCAGUUCCGAGCCUGUUACGGAAGACGCUGACAAGCCUUUGUCUAAGCGAGAAAUCAAACGACGAGCAAAGAAAGCACGUUUUGAGGCAAAAGGAGAGAGUGCUACUUGA